CGCCCCUGCACCCCCACCCGGCCACGCUCCUUACCGAACUGCGGGCGGGGGCUUGGAGGCCGCUGCUCCCCUCCCCGGCCCCGCCCCCAGCCCCCGGAAGCCCCUCCCCGGUCCCAGCCCCGCCCCCGAAGUUUCUUGGGCCCCGGGCGCCCGGCGGGACAGAAGACAGCAAGCCGCCGCCCGGCUGCGCGUAGAUGGAGCAAGCGGAGCCCGCGCAACGCGGGCAGCAGUAAGCGGCGAAGCCGCCGGACCUCACAAACUCGCCAUGGAGGAAGAGAGUAUAAAGGAGGGGACCGAGAAACCUCGUGGAGCACGGACUGCAGACAAGGCUGGCUGGAUCAAGAAGAGCAGUGGGGGGCUUCUGAGUUUGUGGAAAGACCGCUACUUGCUUCUCUGCCAAGCCCAGCUGCUGGUCUACGAGAAUGAGGACGAGCAGAAAUGUGUAGAGACGGUGGAACUUGGGAGCUAUGAGAAGUGCCAGGACAUCCGUACUGUCCUCAAGCGGAAACACCGAUUUAUCCUGCUUCGAUCCCCAGGGAACAAGGUCAGUGACAUCAAAUUCCAGGCCUCCAGUGGGGAAGAAAAGGAAUCCUGGAUCAAAGCUCUCAAUGAAGGGAUCAACCGAGGCAAGAACAAGGCUUUUGAUGAGGUAAAAGUAGACAAGACCUGUGCCCUAGAGCAUGUGACACGGAACCGGGUACGUGGGGGCCAGCGGCGACGGCCACCAACAAGAAUCCACUUAAAGGAGGUAGCCAGUGCGGCUUCCGAUGGGCUUUCACGGCUGGACCUGGAUGUCCCAGACAGUGGACAGCCAGUGUUUGCUCCUCUCAGUGACAUCAGUGAAGACCAGCCCCAGGAGCCACCUCAGGCUCUCAUGCCUCCUGUCAAGCCUUCCCCAGUACCAGAGACCUCUGGAGCUGAGGACAGCCAGGAGACUCCUGCAGGAGAGAGAGCCCUAACCCCUCUCUCAGAAAGCUCUGAGGCCAAUUCUGAGAGCCAAGAGGAUGCCGAGACCCUAGCAAAGGAGGACAGUGACUUUAAGAGGCUCCCGGACAGCGCAUUGUCUGAGAAACUAAAGGUGAGCUGGGAGAACCCCAGCCCAGAGGAGCCUUCUGUUUCCGAGAGGGCACAGUUGUCCUCUUCAGAGACUCCAGAGGCCGCCCCCAGGGAGAGUAAAAAGCCCCCUGCACCCCCUCCCAAGAUCCUGUCGGAGAAGAUGAAGGCCUGUAUGAGUGGGAUGGGUGAUUCUGGUCCAUCCCAGAGUUCCGAGGGCCCUGAGACCACAUCUCCAGGCCCCACACAGGUGUCUGUGAAUGGUGUGGAUGAUGGUCCUGAGACUGCCUCACAGGCUGUGGGCACCGCUGGACCUGCCCCAGAGGACGAAGCAGCAUCCCCAGAAGUGCCCUCCUGGGGCUUGCCAUCCCAGUUUCAUCCUCGCUCCUCUUCCCUUGGGGACCUACUCAGAGAAAGCCCUCAGCAUCCACGACUGCCCAAGGAAAAGUUGUACCGGGCCCAGCUGGAAGUGAAGGUGGCUUCGAAACAGACAGAGAAAUUGUUGAAUCAGGUGCUGGGCAGUGAGCCGCCACCUGUGUGUGCCGAGUCAUUGCUCAGCCAGGCUGUGGAGCAACUGAGGCAGGCCACCCAGGUCCUGCAGGAAAUGAGGGAUUUGGAAGAGCUGAACCAAGAAAGCCCUGGGCUAGUGCAGAAACGGAAGGAGCUGGUGACCCUCUACAGGAGAAGUGCACCCUAGGCCUGCCAAGCCCCAGGCACAAACUCACCUACCCCCCAAGUACCCUCAUCUGUCACUGCCCAACCUUGUUAUGAAAUGAGCUACAGCUCAGGUUGUAGAUGCACCACUGGGUACAUCGAGUUUGGCCAGGACUUGGUGCUCCUGAUAUCUUUUCUACUCUGCCCCGGCCUGGGGCUACCUCUCCGGCUCCCUGUUCUGGCCUCUUCUCUAGGCUCUGGCAUGGGAUGGAGCAUAGUCCUGUGGCCUAUGUGGUUGUUGCAGACUGCCCCAGGGCUCUGGCACUGCGCUUGGAGUUUCCAGGAUGGCACGAAUCUGUUCUCACCCCCGACAGUUUAUAUUCCUGACUUCCGGGUGGAGCAUGGCUGAGCUGCCCGAGGUGCCCAUCUUCUGGUCUUCAGGCGGCUUCCGCUUCCCUCCAGCCAUGCCUACGUAUGAGUAGCUGUCAGGGCCUUGGGUCCAGGCUGUAGUGAAAUGUGAAAUCUAUCAGCUGAGUGAAAUGUGGCCUUUAGCUGGAGCCUAAAAACGGAUAAGGGUCUGGAUGAAGGAGCUAUUUACUCUGGUUUGUUUUCCUCUCUGCAAACCGAGAGUCUUCUCUGCAACAUCCCCACCCCUUUGGAGAGCUCUGAGUAGAUCAGCUCAGAUCUCAAGGCUUCCAAGGGGGAAGAGGAACUCAGGCUUUCUGGUACAGUCUCUGCUCCUGGGCCAGCUUCUGUCCAGCCUUGCACAUUCUUUUUGGUUCUUUUUUUCGGAGCUGGGGACCGAACCCAGGGCCUUGCGCUUCCUAGGUAAGUGCUCUACCACUGAGCUAAAUCCCCAGCCCCAGCCUUGCACAUUCUUGAAGAUGAAAACCCUACAGUGGCCUGUGUUAACUUCUGAAAAACCUGUAUGAAAUUAUCAUUAAUCAACCCUUAGAGGCCCCACCCCCUACCGCUGCCUUCUGUGCCUCCCAGAUGGGAUUUAUCUGAGUCUCUGUGGUUCUUCCUCAGCUGGAAUAGCUCUGAUAGUCACCCCUUUUCUUCACAUGCUGGAGUCUGUGACUACAAUCCACCUAUCAGGCCCCUGGUGGGCCACCACUCCCUAGAGAGAAGAGGAGUGUUUUCUCUUCCCUCCUUUCAUCCCCUCCUCCCUUCCCCAUCGCCUCUGGCUCUCUGAGCUACCCUGAGUCUCCAACACAUUCAGCAGCCAGCAGGAAUGAGUCUGGAACCUGGCUGGGGGAGUGAGCCCUCCAUAGGAUCUGCCCCAAGGAUGCAUGUGCACUUUGUUUACUGGAAGAGAAAGGAGGGUCACAGCAACUCGAUGAUCUUUUCACUCACCCUGUUCCCAGCCACCAGCUGUGCCCACCAAGGCCUGCCAACCAGUGCGGGUUGAUGCCUUCAUUACUGUACUUUCCCUUCUAGCUAUGAGCAGUAGGCUGGGGCAGAGUAAACAGCAGUGUCUUGACUCAUGACCCCCCCCACACACACAUACACACACACACACACAUACACACACACAUACACACACACGCAUACACAUACACACAUACACACACACAUACACACACAUGCAUACACAUACACACACAUACACACACAUACACACACAUACACACACACGCAUACACAUACACACACACGCAUACACAUACACACAUACACACAUACACACAUACACACAUGCAUACACAUACACACACAUACACACACACAUACACAUACACACAUACACACACAUACACAUACACACUCAUACACAUACACACACAUACACAUGCACACACAUAUACACACACACAUACACACACACUGUCAGCCUCCCUGGGCUCCUAUGCCAGCCGCCUUUUCCUCCUGUAUAAGAGCAAGAUUGUCCUCAGGUGUCCAGCCCUGAUCCCCUGCCAUCUUCCCUUGGGAACAAUCGUCCUCUACAGCAACCAGGAUGCUGUACCUCUGCCAGGUCACCUGCUUCCAGGAAUUAGAUUCUGUCUGUGCUGUCAAGUGACAGUCGGGCAAGUACUUCUGGGGUUGCUGCCUUACUGGCCAAUGCUGUUGGUUCCCAUGCUGGUGGGGUAGAGUAGGGUGGGGACCGCACAGGAUUGCUUCCCUGCCCUCAUGGGGGAGGCAUCCAGUGCCUUCUGCUUAUGAUCCAUCUUUCUUGGAAUUUGGCAAUAAAUCUCAUUUAAUGACA